AUGGCCUUGCGCGGGCUGCUGGUUUUGGUGUGCUUGACGCUGGUGCUCCGGACAGAGCUGCAGCCGGCCAGCCUCAAUGCUCUCCGGGGCCCGGACAGGUUGGUCCUGCGGGUGCUGGUGGAUUCCACUGAAAAGCUGAAGGCUUUGCUGCGGCGGGAUGCCGUGAAUGCCACUGGCUGCCCGGAGUUUCAGUGGCUGAACCUUUGCAAGGAGGACCUUUGCAAAAGCUUCGGAAUUAGUCCAAGUCCGGAUAUCUUCAUCUGCGAGCACCCUGGGAUGCUGGCACAGGCUGUGCAGGUGGGUGAGGGCGGAAGGCUCUGGUUUUCCAGGGCUGUGUUGGAGACGCUCUCGAAGGAGGAGGUGCGGGCGGUGAUGGCGCAUGAGUUGGGCCACCUGGUGGCGGGCCACCAGCAAAAGAGGGGCUUCUUGAUCCUUGAUUGGUAUCGCCUGAUGCUGUUAAGGGGUCUUUUUCAGGGCGACAAAGAUGGGGAGUGGGAUGACCUGGACGUGGAGUCGGGCCUGUCCUUGCUGGGCCUUUGGCUUGUCCUGGGCCUGCGUUCCCGUGCCUUCGAGCUGGAGGCGGACCGCUUCAUGCUGCGGGCCGUGGACCCGGCCACGGCGCUCCGGGCCUUGGCUCGGAUGCAUUGCCCCACAGAGGGCUCCCCUGCUGUGCUGCGGCAGGCGAGGCGGCGGGCCAAGCGGUGUGGCCUGCUCAGGGCGCAGAUGCUGCUGACCGGGGCGUCCCAUCCGUGCCUGCCGCUACGGAUCGCCCCGGCCCUCUUUCACACGCAGCGCUUCGGCGGCUUGGAUGGAGCGGUUACGCUGGGAGCCAUCUUUUCCGGUGGAGGCGUCUUCGUGUCGGAAGCGCACGUGCGGCCCCCCCCGCGGUCUGUCAGCGAGGGCUCUGGCUUAGGAGCCGAUGCUUUGUUGGAGCGGCAGCCAACCAGAAGACAGGUGGACUCCGCCAACGUUCAGCAGCGGCUCCGGGAGGAGGCGCUGCAAAACAUCAUGGGCAGAUGUACGGCGCCGCUGGUCUUGCUUUGCUUUGUGUCCAUCCUCGGGGUGCUCGUCGGCUCGCUCCUUAUGAUCGUUCUUUUCUGGAGAGCUCUUUAUGCGACCAUCCUUUACAAUCAUAUUGAGUGUGACCAGCCCCAUUUGAAGACAUACAUGCUGGUGACGAUUUGCGUCGGCACCUGUACCUCUCACAUUUCCCAGCAGGUAGUAAGCCGAAUGCAAAAUCGAGGAAUGUCCACACGAUCGGUGUGGGUAUCAUCCACCUUGAUUUCAAUGAUCCCUGGCUGGAUGACUCUGUAUUGGGGCUACUCUUUGCUCAAGGGCUGCCAGACCUGCCCAGAGACGAAUCCUGGGCUCUACUACGAUGUCCGCGAUUACGUCUAUUUCCAGAUGAUUGCCGCGUCUUUCACAUAUCUUGUGGUGGGGAUUCCGGCCAUGACGUUCGCGCAUCGCCUCUUGUUGGCUUUGCAAGCCAUCAACUCUGGCGAGGGCAUGCGUGGCUGUGCUGAUAUGAUCAAGAAUCUCCCGAAGAUUCCCAACGAUAGCGCUGAGCUCCGCGACGAGGACGACGGGAGUAUAAUGGAGUGCAGCAUAUGCUUGGGAUCCUUUUCGUCCUUGCCGGUGGUGCGCACUCCCUGCAGACACUUCUUCCAUGAGAAGUGUCUCACGCAGUGGUGUCAGGCGCAUGUGAGUUGCCCACUCUGCAAGAGCCUAGUGGCCGACCCUGACCGCGAGUCGGCUGGGCCUGACAAGGGCGAGUGCUAA